AUGCCUAAGCAUUGUUUGGGAGUUUUCAGUUUGGAAGCGGGAAGACUCCCGCUCCCAAACUGGACGAUUCGGGCUGAAGUGUGUCUAUUUGGGGGUAUUGCAGAGUGUGUGGUCUUCUCUGCUCUCCACCCCCGCAGCGCUGAGAAGAACUGGCAAGGCGCGUGCACGUACGCACACGCGGCGCCUGUGCGCAGGCUCGUCAGUCACGAUGCUGCUGCGAGGUGUUGUUGUCCUGUGGCGGCCAUCUUGGCUCUGGCUCUGCAGCGGUUGCUCAGUAGUCAGUGUAGAUCCUGUGGAGCUAACAGCAGCUACAUCUGGCUACUGGGUCUCCGCUGGAAGGUGCUCUCUCCACUAAAACUGAAACUAUACCGUGAUUUUGAUCUGAACGGGCAGAGGAGCGCUGUGGACCUAGCACACAUUGUAGAUCUCUGUGUGCUCAACUACAGCUACAUUGUCUGCUGGGUUUCACAGUUCAACCGCAAAACGGCCAAAGAUCCCAUCAAAAACGCUCACUUUCGAGUCAUACAGGGUUCUGGUGUUCAGGGAGUUCUGGUGUUCAGGGGGUUCUGGUGUUCAGGGGGUUCUGGUGUUCAGGGGGUUCUGGUGUUCAGGGGGUUAGGGCCUGAUGUAGCAUAA